ACACCAAAAGCCAGAAACGAAAGAGGAACCUGUGACUUGUAAUGUAAAUGUUAUCUGUAUAUUUUGGGAAGAGAGAGAGAGAGAAGAAAAAGAGAAAGGGGGGAGAGUUUGUUUGUGUGUUUUGUUUUGGUGGUUUGACUCCCCAAACAAAAAGGAAGAACAGAUUUUGGAUCUAAGCUCCCUAAAGAGAGAGAGAGAGAGAGAGAGAGAGAAAUAGCAGAGGAAAAAAAAGGAAGGAUUGAGUUUGGAGAGAGAGAAAUAGAAGAGUCUCUGUGAAAGAGGUUUGACUCUCUCUAUCUCUCUCUGCAAAUCCCCAUGGCAUUCUCCUCCUCUCACCUUCAAAUCGUCCUUCCUAUAAUCCUUCCUUUCUUGCUCUAAGAUUUUUUUUAUUUUUUUAGUUAUAGUUUCUGGUGAAUUGGGUCUUUCUGAAAUCUGGAAAAGUUUUGAGGGUUCUGUUUGAUGGGGAAUUGCUGUGUAUGUCUCGGUAACGGUGCCCAGAACACGAAGAAGACAAAGAAGAAGCAAAAUCCCUUUGCUACUGAUUUCGGUGGUGCCCAUGGCAAUGAGGGUGGGGACAAGCUCUGUGUUUUGAAGGACCCAACAGGGACAGACAUUUCGGCUCAAUAUGAUCUGGGAAGGGAGCUCGGCCGUGGAGAAUUUGGUGUUACUUAUCUGUGUACUGAUGUGUCAUCGGGUGAGAAGUUCGCCUGCAAAUCGAUCUCGAAGAAGAAGCUGAGGACUGCUGUGGAUAUUGAGGAUGUGAGGCGUGAGGUGGAGAUCAUGAGGCAUUUGCCUCAGCACCCGAACGUUGUGUCAUUGAAUGACACAUAUGAGGACGAUGAGGCGGUUCACAUUGUAAUGGAGUUGUGUGAGGGAGGCGAGCUGUUUGACCGCAUUGUUGCUAGGGGUCACUACACAGAGCGUGCAGCAGCUGCUGUAAUGCGGACAAUUGUUGAGAUUGUUCAGAGCUGUCAUAAGCAUGGAGUAAUGCAUCGCGAUCUCAAACCAGAAAACUUUCUAUUCGCAAAUAAGAAAGAAUCUGCCGCCUUAAAGGCAAUUGAUUUUGGGUUGUCUGUAUUCUUUAAACCUGGUGAGCAAUUUAAUGAGAUAGUCGGAAGUCCGUACUACAUGGCUCCCGAGGUUCUGAAGCGAAAUUAUGGUCCCGAGGUUGACAUCUGGAGUGCUGGAGUAAUCCUAUAUAUUUUACUUUGUGGUGUUCCACCUUUCUGGGCAGAAACUGAACAAGGAGUAGCACAAGCAAUUAUCCGCUCUGUCAUUGAUUUCAAGAGGGACCCUUGGCCUAGAGUCUCUGAUAAUGCGAAGGACCUGGUUAAGAAAAUGCUUGAUCCUGAUCCCAAGAAGCGGCUGACAGCUCAAGAAGUACUUGAUCAUCCUUGGAUACUAAAUGCCAAGAAGGCCCCAAAUGUUCCACUUGGUGAGACUGUGAGAGCAAGACUGAAACAAUUUUCUGUAAUGAACAAACUGAAAAAAAGAGCUCUCGGGGUCAUAGCUGAGCAUCUGUCAGUUGAGGAAGUAGCUGGCAUAAAGGAGGCAUUUCAAUUGAUGGAUACUGACAACAAAGGGAAGGUAUCUCUGGAUCAGCUUCGAACUGGAAUACAAAAACUUGGCCAGCAGAUUCCUGACCCAGAUUUACAAAUACUAAUGGAAGCUGCUGAUGUUGAUGGCGAUGGAGCUCUGAAUUAUGGAGAGUUUGUUGCAGUUUCAGUUCACCUUAAAAAGAUGGCCAAUGAUGAGCACCUACGAAAAGCUUUUGCAUUCUUCGAUCAAAACCAAAGUGGUUACAUAGAAAUUGAAGAAUUGCGAAAUGCUUUAAAUGAUGAUGUUGACUCAGGUGGUGAAGAGGUUAUCCAUGCAAUUAUGCAUGACGUGGAUACAGACAAGGAUGGGCGCAUUAGUUAUGACGAGUUUGUUGCUAUGAUGAAGUCUGGUACAGAUUGGAGAAAAGCAUCCAGACAAUAUUCGCGGGAAAGAUUUAACAGCAUAAGCUUGAAGUUGAUGCGUGAAGGGUCUUUACAGUUAACCAAUGAGGGCGCUGCUCUACAAGGUGCUGUAUGACGGAUUACAAAAGAUCCUGCUCGUGCUCGUAAUGUACAAAUGUGGGUCUGCAGCAAGGACAAGAAUAAUAUAUCAUCCCAGAGGAGGCUUUUUUAGGUCAAAGAAUACUGAGUUAAUUGGAUGAAAAGCUGGCUAUACGAGUUUGUCAAAUGGUAACUCCAGUACCUCUCUCUUUGUAUCAGUAUUGGUCCUUGCAUAAACAUUUGAGUCCAAGUAUGUGAUGGGAGUGUGGUAUUUCGUUGAAGCAUGUGAAUACCAACGGAAGAUGAAGGAAGUUGAUGAUUCUUUUGCUGGAAAACAAAAACUGGAUUUCAAAUUGUGCUGAAUCAGACGAUUACAGAGUCAUGUGGCCAGCCGGGCGAUAUUUCAGUUGUCUCUCUGUUCAUCUAAUUCAUUAAUAGAGCUGGGUGGAAAUAUCCCUUGAUUUCUUUGGUUAGAGAUGUGACCUUGGAUUAUGAGACAAAGAGAUGAAUUUUGUGUUCUUAUGAUCUUCUAAAAUCCAAAACAAUCCAAUAAACUUGUAAUUGAAUCCCGUAAAUAGUGUGAGUUGAUUGGUUUGUUGCAAGCUACAUCAAGCAGCAUGCAUGCACUUGCUGCUCUCUUCACCAGAAGCAAGUAACAUUGUUGCACUUUAGCCUCAAAUUUGGGCACAUUCCAUAUGAUUCGGUUCAUUAUAUUACGAAAAAAAUUUGU